AUGGGAGACGCUGUCAUCACUGGUGCGGACCAUGGGUUGACAGAUACUCCUCUGGUGACGGUGUCUUUCCAGAGGGACCAUCAGAGGAAGCUUAAGUUUUUGGAGGCAGAGCCCAAAGCCCUGGGGGUCACCCAAAUCUGUCUGAUCGUCUUCCAUGCAAGCUACGUGGCCAUGUUUUAUGCCCAAGAUCUGAACAGAGGGGCCCUGGAGUUGCCCUCCUUCAUUUCAUGUUUCUUUGUUCUGGUCGCUGGGAGUGUGGCUAUAGCAGCGAAAAAUCUCCAUCUUCCAACGGUCAGGGCUUGUUUCUUCUUGGAGAUCUUAGCUGCUGCUGCGUCCAUCGGCAACUUCUCCCUCAUCUUGAUUCAGAUGGAAGACACUUAUUCUUGUUAUUACUACGAUUCAGAAAACCAGGCCAAGAAGAACUGUUUCAACGCACAGGCCGCUCACACACAUCUGUUGGGAGUUUUGCUGCUCGCCAACAUAACGGUCCUCGCCAUCGCAGUCUCUCUGAUCAUUUAUGCCUGUAAGGUGAUCAACUGCUGCUCUCCUGCUCCCAAAGUGCCGGUGAUCACAAUCCAAGCUCCAGCAGCAGCAGAAUGA